UGGGCGCUCGAGCUAUAUAAACCACAAAAAGCCUGAGCACGGGAAACCCCGGCCUCCAAACAUUAACCACAUUUACGGCUACAAAUACGGGAUACUAUUUUUCCGACUCCUUCAUCUCACCGGCGAUUAUUAUUUUUUUACUUCACCUUUUUAACCUUAUCUACAACACUGCCGAGAGUCUUUACGGAGAAUAUACACAGUUGUAAGGCUUCGGUGGUUCAUACGUAGCUCUUAAGUAUUGUUAAAGUGUAUUUCUUUGACUUUGAAAACUUUUUUGUGUGUACAUUGCCUGAGGGCUUUCAAAGAGCCUUUCAGUUUGGUACAAAGACUUCAAUGACGCACCUGGAGCAGUGCUUUGACUUUUCACUAAAGGAAGACAGACAAAAAGGGUUUUUUUUUUUACAUCUGAGUCGGCGAUUCCUUUUUAAACCUGCCUUUUUUGUAAUUGUACAGCCCAUUACGAGCUCGGACAUUUAUUUGAUGUUAUUUAUAUCCACACACGAGCAACUACGCCUGCGUUAUGGCGCAUGGACGCUUUCCUCGAGAAGUUUGAAAAAAGGAGCUCGUCAUUUAAAACAUCAUCAAGUUUUCAAGGGUUGUUUUUCUUGACGGAGAAGUAUAUUUUAUGUCGUUUGAAGGCGACCACUAAAGUUUGUAGUGGAGAGAGUUUUGAAACGCGGUGCGCACACGAAGUUUUCCAUUGGCAAGCGCGCUGAGGUUCUCCGAGCAGCGGCGCACACUCCGAGUUUUCCCCCUGAAGUGUGUGAGAGACAGAAAGAGAGGAGCUGGAGAGCCUUUGGUGUCUUUUUUGAUAACCAACGCUGUUGUGAUGCGAAUUCCCGUAGAUCCCAGCGCCAGUCGGAGGUUCAGUCCGCCGUCAAAUAGCCUCCAGCCGGUCCCAGGAAAGAUGAACGAUGUGAGCUCUCCAGCGGGGCAGACGGACGCAGCUGCGGUGCCGAGACUGCGCCCCCACGAGAACCGCAGCAUGGCGGAGAUCAUCGCAGACCACCCGGCCGAGCUGGUUCGGACCGACAGCCCCAACUUUUUGUGCUCGGUCCUCCCCUCCCAUUGGCGAUGCAACAAGACGCUGCCUGUCGCCUUCAAGGUGGUUGCCCUGGGAGAUGUCCCUGAUGGGACUGUUGUGACAGUAAUGGCGGGCAACGACGAGAACUACUCCGCCGAGCUGCGGAACGCCUCAGGUGUGAUGAAGAACCAAGUAGCGCGUUUCAACGACCUUCGCUUCGUUGGCCGCAGUGGCAGAGGCAAGAGCUUCACGCUGACAAUCACGGUAUUCACCAACCCGCCCCAAGUGGCCACUUACCACCGAGCCAUAAAGGUCACCGUGGACGGACCGCGUGAGCCCAGGAGACAUCGUCAGAAACUCGAGGACCCUCCGAAGACUGGGCUCUUCUCAGAUCGCCUCAGUGAGCUCGAGAGGAUGAGGGUGAGGGUAGCCAUUCCCACUCAAGGCCCCCGGCAAACUCUCAACACAGGGGGUAACUCCUUCAACCCGCAGGGACAGACGCAGAUAACAGACCCUCGUCAGUCCCAGUCCUCUCCUCCCUGGUCGUAUGAACAGACGUACCCGUCCUACCUGAGUCCCAUGGCGUCCCCCUCCGUCCACUCCACCACCCCCCUCUCCUCCAGCCGAGGCACGGGCCUGCCUGCCAUCAGUGACGUGCCUAGACGAUUGCCAGGUUCCUCUGACCUGAGCCCGUUCCCGGGUCAGUUUGAGCGUCAGUUCCCGAGCCUCUCCUCCAUCACAGAUAGUCGUUUCACGGGUCCUCGGAUGCACUACCCGACUACCUUCACCUACACCCCACCCGUCACCUCCGCCAUGUCGCUGGGCAGUGCGCACUACCACACCUACCUUCCUCCUCCGUACCCGGGCUCCACCCAGAGCCAGAGUGGCCCCUUCCAGACCAGCAGUACGCCCUAUCUCUAUUACGGCGCGUCCUCCGGCUCCUACCAGUUUUCCAUGGUUCCCGGCGGGGAUCGUUCGCCCUCCAGGAUGAUUCCGCCUUGCACUAGUGCCUCCACGGGCACCUCCCUGGUGAACCCCAACCUGCCCAGCCAGACGGAGGGAGGGGUGGACGGCGACGGGAGCCACAGUAACUCCCCGACUGUCCUCAACCCCGGGGGCCGCAUGGAUGAAGCCGUAUGGAGGCCGUAUUGAAGAAAACCAAAGGGGGGCGGAGAUCGGAAGUCAACUGAUGUCAUGGUUUGAAAGCACAAAACCUUUAUUUUUUUAUUAAAAAGGGGAUUUUUGAGCUCUCAUCAGCUAUCUCUUCCUGGUACUUGGAAAUUAAGGUUGAGAUAAAAAAUAAAAAAAGGCCAGACUUGUAUGGACUCGUCUUCCUGGAAUGUGUUUUGACCAAGGCACUACAAAGGGAGUCAUUCUCACAGCAAUAAUGAGACAAGACAAUUGUGGUUUACUAGGCCCAAGUGGAUGAGACAUUCUUUAGAUUUCAUUAUAAUCCACGGGCUAAGGGAUGCUUCAACAAUAUUUGUAAAAGACUGCCUCUUUUGUAUAGUGUUUGUAUUUCAAUAAGGCUUUUUGCAGAGCAUGUUUUUGUACUACGACAAUAUCAAGAUGCAAGUUAGGCACUGAGUAGCAAGUGAUGAGAGUAACACAUAUGUUACCUCAAGUGGUAUGGACAGUAAAUUUGCUUUAAACCAUUUAAUUUAACUUGUAUAUUGUGGGUGAAACUUGGAUGUAGAUUGAGGCGUUUUCUUAGUUUUAACUUAUAAAGCCAUAAAUUAUGUAUUGUAUUUGAAACUUGAGUCAAAGAAGUGUAAUCUGAAUAUUUUUGAUGCAUCUAUAUGACUAAGUUAAAAUGAUUUUCUUUUCUUUUUGAUAGGUAAUUUAAAAAAUGAGAUCUUUUAAUGUCUUUUGUAAUACCCAAAGAUUUAAAUUGUUUCGAAUAUGAAAGGUAAUUUCCAAAGAGUAUUGCAACAUGUUUUCUCCUGGUGUAACUUUCAGUUUAACUGCUCCACACGUUAAGAGCCCGAUAUCCUCGCUAGGCGUUGACACACAUUUGGCUAGGAAUUAAACCUUUGGUAUUUAUUGAGUAAUAACUCAUAGUGUGCCUCUUGGCAACAAACCAUUAAAGAGUUUCAACAGGGGAAAAAAUAAUUAUCCUUUAGGGGGAAUUUGUUCUGAUUUCUAUAGUUUGUCUAGUCUGACAUGCAGAAAGAAACAUAUGAAUUUUCUUGUCCAAAUAAGAAAUGGUACAUUUAUACAAACUGUAUAAUGGUGCCACGCCUAAUGGGGCACUCAGCGUGUCAGACUUCAAGGUUUGCUUCUUUUACAACUCCUCAGGACUGGAAUUAUCCUUAGAUCUCAAAUCAACACAGAUUUCGUAGAUCUGCAUAUCUUUUUUUCAUAUCCGGUGUGGCUGAAUCCUCUGUCAAGUUUAUCAGAAAAAACUUGCCAAGUCUAUUGUAGCGUUCACAUCAUGUGCAGAAGAUAACUUUGAAAAAGUUUGUCUUAGUGUGUGACACACACGGGUACUUUGUUUGUUUGCAUUUCUCUCUUUCAGUCUCUGAGACUGGAAAAGACAUAUCACAGUUAAAGACAAAGAGACUGUGACAUUCCUUCAGACAUUUAUUUAUUUUCCUUUUUUUUUUGCUUUUGUUGACAUGGUUUACCUAACAGUUUUGUCCUCACUUAUCUGAGUCACAAUCUAAAAAUCAUUCUGUGGCAACAGCUGAGGCAGAGGUCUGAUAUUUUCCCAUUUAAAAUGAAUAUGUGGGAUUUUAAAAUAAAAAAAGUGUUGGGGUUAAAGGAAAAAAAGUGCAAAAACCGAGAUGAUUGGAUGCAGCUGCUGGCAGCAAACUGGUAACCAAAAAAUAUGGGAGACUUGUGUAUGUUUGUUUCAUAAAGCACUUAUUUCUUGUUUUAUUUUCUAGCAGCACUUGCGGCAGGCUGCCAGCAGGGCUCGUGGUUUUGGUCCUCAGUGCAGAUAUAACGCCACUGGAGACACACACACACACACACAUACACACACACACACACACACACACACACACACACACACACACACACACACACACACACACACACACACACACACACACACACACACACACACACACACAUAUGCACUCUCAAAAUGGAUAACACUUGGCCAAACAAGCCAUUUACAUUGGAGUUGAAUCUGAUCUCACAAGGCAGUUGGUAUUUGUUUGGAAAAAAAUGAGUUUUUCUUGCUUUCAUACAAUAUGAUAUUCAGUACAUGAAGGUAAUAUAAUAACCCAAUUUGAAAAAGCUGAGAAAAACAUGGCCCUGUCCAAGGAUCAGACUUCAAGCUUUUCAUUGAAGGUUUGCACGCAGUGCCUGUUUUCCAGUCUCUGCAGAGGAUGUUCUGAAGUCACUUAAUGGAAUUGAACAUGUCAAACUACAUUUCCCCAACUGCUCCAGCCCAAACGAAAAAUCAUUUUGCUGUUACAGGGUAAAAUAAGAAAGCAAAUAAAACUUUUUAGAUUGUUGUGAUUUUAAAGCUUUUUUCCAACUGCUAAUUUGUUUAAUGUCUCCAUAGUAACUAUGCACAUCUGUUGGACUUUAUUUAAUCAGCUUUUUUCCUUCCAAACUUUGGGCAGGAAAUGGUCUUUUAAAAACUGUUUACACAUCAAUGCAGCACUGACAUCCCAGUUUGUUCUCAUCCGCUUUUGUUAGUGUUGUGUUUUUUUUCAUCAGAAAACAAGAGGUUCGUCAUUUUUCUUUCUUUUGGUUAAAUGUUGUAUACAAACUGUCAUCAAAAACCUUGUAUUAUUUAAUGAUCCACAUGUAUGAUAUCCAGGAACCAUUACCCUGCUCUUAUGUAAAGUUUACUUGUUAUGUCUAUUGUUAUGCUUCUUCUCAUGAACACUUGUCAGGAAACUAAAUCUAAUGGAGAAUCCAUUAGAUUUUGCUGGUACGUUUCAUAAACAUCAAGGAAGUUUAUUUUUAAAGGGACAGACAGACCUGACAACAGUGAGUGAAAUUGGCAUUGUGAUUGUACAUGUUGUUUAUUUUAAAAAUAAAAUAGGAAUUUUGUAACUUAAA